AUGUCUUUAUUAGCGGUACAACAACAAUCGAUCGUUAAGAGUAUUAUCCUUCCGAAAAUAACACAAAAUCGUUUACCAAUCGUUCACAUUUUAACUUCCCGAACAGAUAAUGAUGAUGAACGAAAAGUUGAACCAUUUCAAUUCGAAAAGAUAAUCAAAUUCCUUCAAGAUCCUCUUUCAUCACAUCUAAUUGAUCGGCGUGUACGUCUUUGUAGCAAAAUAUGUCAACAUCACAAAAACGGAUAUAUUUUAAAAGAUUUGCAUUAUCUUAUGAAGAUCUUCAAUAUACUUGUAGAUCUUUGUCAACAACAACCAUUAUUUAUCGAUCCUUUUAUAGAAAUUUUGAAGAAUUGUUCAAAAGCAUUUCUUUUGGAUAAAUCGACAGAUGCAGAGAUUUAUUCAUCUGCACUCGUAUCGUUUUAUUCAGAUUUUGGAUAUCUUCUUCGUAUACCGAAUAAGCGUAUUCAACAAUGUAUUCUUGAAACGCUUUACAAAUCAAUUCAAACAACAAAUAAAUCACCAAGAAUUGACGAUGACUACGACGGUCUGAGACCAGCAGCACGCAUUUAUUUACUUCGCACUCAAUGUAGUAGUGAUCUUUGUGAGACACUUGUUAAAGCACUUUCUAUGGUACAAAAUGACUUAUCACUUCGUAUUCAAAUAAUAAAAUUAUUACAAAUUUAUUCAUCUAAAUCAUUCAAUUGUGUGGUAAGAAUGUUGACGCACGAUUGUGUAAAUCGUUUAAUAACGAAAAUGAACGACCCUGAUCCAUCAGGAGAGCUAUUAUUUCGUACUAUUGAAUUAUUAUGGAAUCUAAUUGAAAAUGGUGACGAUGAACAAGUUGCUGACCAAUUGAAUUCACGUGUUACUAUGGGUCUUCUAAAAGAAGCAUUUCUUGGUCAAGUUACACAAAGUCACAGUCAAUAUCAUCGCCAAUUAAGAAAUGAUAUUCUUGUUGUUUUAUCACUUAUUAUGAAUGCUAAUCCAAAUGCUCCAGUCGUUGAAACCGGUUUUGCAAAGCAAUUGUUUUUACUUGCCUCUUGUCCUGAAUUACGUAGUAAUAGUCCGUUAGUAAAAAAUUUCAAAUUAACAACGAGUCAAGAAGAUUUCGAAUUUAAAAAAUUACUUAUUAACACAGUUGUAAUACUUAAUCGAAAUCCAAUGAUGGGCGAAUUAAUGAGCAGUAGUCGAGUUUUAUUGGCACUGUUGUCUUAUAUUGAACCUUUACCAAGAAAAACAGAUCAUCAAAUAAAUACAUUUCAUUGGAACGAAUCACAAUAUGAAGACCUACAAUUGCAUGCACUUGCAGCUCUUUCAAUUCUCUUGCCACAUUCAUUAAGUGAAUAUUUUGAGUAUGGUGUUAGUACAAGACUUUUAUUAUUUUAUGAAUGGACAAUCAGUCAAGAUGAAUAUAAAAGUGAAGGAAAUAGCUUUUUUGCUAAAGGUGGUCGAAACACUAAACGAUCGCAAUUAAGAUAUACAGUACGAUUGUUUCGUAGUCUUGUGUCAACAAAAGAUGAACGUAUUUAUCUAGACUUAUGUGAUCAAGGAAUUAUUCCAUCGCUUACAGGAUACUUGAGAGUUAUGACUCAAGAGAAAUCAUCGCAUAUAGAUUAUGUUGAUUUAGAUAUUAUUUGUGAUGGAUUGUUUAUUCUAAGUUGCAUGGGUGAAUUAGAUGUUCAUAGAAAAGAAAUUUUCGGCUCUGAAGGUAUUGAAAUGUUAAUUCAAAUACUUUCAACGAAAUCUUCGUGUGUUUGUGGUGGUCUUGGUUAUCAUCGUUUGCUUGUCGCAACUAUUGAUUGUGUAUGGUGUUGUAUUGUCGGCAGUAUUCUCAAUGAAGAUGAAUUUAUUCAAAAACAAGGCAUUUUUUCUCUACUCGAUUUAAUCGAAAUGAAUCCGAAAUCUUUACAAAACAUCGUUCUUGGAUGUUUACUAGAUUUAACAGAGAAUGCAAAAUGUCUUCAUUUUAUGAUGGCAUGGAAAGGACAUAAACAAGAUUAUUUUCCACAUGUUCUUUGUGAAUUAUGGCGAGACGAAGAACAUGAAACCUAUGUUGCUCGGACAGAGAGAGGCGUUAUUGGUGAUCAUCGAAAACCUUUAAUGGGGUUUCUUCAACAAUCAGUACCAUUAACUCCGCUUAAGCAUUUGGAACCAUCCCGAGCAAUAUUAGAUCUAAUUGAUAAUAUGCGUUCGAAGAUCUAUGGAUUUUUUUGUAAAAUAGGUUUCGGUGACUUGCCGGGUUUACAAGAAGAAGAUUAUAUUACACUGUGUAUUAUUGAAAAUUUUCUUGAUUUUAAAAUGGGUGAAAUAUGGCAAGAAAUUAUUACUGAACUUGAGAUGGAAGGUGUAAAAUUAAUCGCAUCAGAUAAUGAAGCGACGGAUACAAUCUUACGAGCGUCAGAAGAACGUGCCUUAGCUGUAACUGCAACACAAAAUUAUAUCUUACAACAAUAUCAUAAACAUGAUUUAGAAUUCGAAAAAACAUUUUACAAUGAAUUAAUAAGAAACCAUAUAUUUCACGAAAAACAACUCGAUCGAUGGAAAUCUUUUAUUGCAAGGACAUCAAAAUAUCCAUUAUUGAUGAUUGCAAAAGAUUCUCAAAAUCAAGCUAUUCGGCAAUCUCGACCUGAAGAAAAAGAUUAUUCAGGCUAUCAUACGGUUCAUAAUUUUGAAAUUCCAAAUCUAUCUAUAACGACGUUUUCUGGACAAUUUUUAAAAAUUGAAAGUACACCACUUGAAAUAUUAAUCAGACAUUGA